UGCGUUCUACUAUUGGUACAUGCAUGCCCAGCCAUGCGUCCUACAUAUUCACAUCCGUCUCCGUGCGCAUGCAUCAGAUUCACCAGGAUUGAGCUGACGGAUGUGGGAAGCCGGAGGAGCGGCGUGCGGAGGUGUAGGAUACGCCGGGCCUGUGACCGGCAUUACCUGCCUACCACACCGGGGCGUGGCAAUUUUUCGGGAUCCACCAGGGCAGGCGUUGCUCUUUUGCCAGCAGCUGCAGUGCGAACUGCAAAAGUACGACUUCGGAACGGUGCGCUUUGACAACAUCGAUGUCUCAAGCAUCACGUGGGCCGAGGACUGUUUGUCCGAGCUGUUCCACACAUUGCGCCGGGCUGGAGCAACUUCGCAGCGCGUCAAGGCAUAUCGAUGUGGAGCGACAGAUGCCUGCUUGUACAGCCUGUGCGAAUGGCUUUUAUGCAUGGAUUCGGCAAAGCUUCCGCAAGAGAUCCACUUAUCGCACAAUGAGCUGACGGCGACAUCCUUGGAGGCUCUCGUCACUGUGCUCAAGGCCAAAAGCGCCAGCCUGCGAUUGACUUGUCCCUAUUGGCUUCGAAUCGAGGAGAAUCGUAUUUCGCCAGACACGAUCAAUGGCCUCUCCAAGGAUGGCAUGGCAUGCUUGGCUCCUGGCAAGUGCUCCACGAGAUACUGCGAGCAUCUAAAGCCUGGACAGCCGCCGCCCUUGCUGCACCUAAGAUUUGGAGGGAAACAACGCGCCCCGCUCCCUCCGACUUUUCCCAGUGCGCCUCGCUUUCCGGCCAACAGCUCGCUGGGCGGUGUUGCGCCAAAGGAGGCAAGUGCUGGAGGCGUAGGAAACAAGGAGAGAUCUAGUCUGAUGGAUGCUGUGGAUGCUGUCACUGCAACGAUGACCGAACUCAGGGUCGCCACCUGUGCGGCAGUUCGCGAAUUGGCCGACAAUGCUGUGCAAUCUGCUCAACAAGAGCUUUUGCAGGUAGCAAAUAUGGUCAGACAGGAAGCACAAGGACAAUGGCAGGGGCUUGCUGGUUCCAGCUUGCAGGCCAACAUGCAGCAACAGUGGCAGCAGCAGCAACAGCAGCAGCAGCAAUGGCAGCAGCAACAGCAGUGGCAGCAGCAGCAGGAGUGGCAGGCGCAGCAAAUGCAGGCGCAGCAAAUGCAGGCGCAGCAAAUGCAGGCGCAGCAACUGCAGGCGCAGCAGUGGCAAGCGCAGCAAAUGCAGGCGCAGCAAAUGCAGGCGCAGCAAAUGCAGGCACAGGAGAUGCAAGCGCAGCAAAUGCAAGCGCAAUGGGUGCAGCAACAGCAACAACAACAGCAACAGCAGCAACAACAGCAGCAGCAACAGCAGCAACAACAACAGCAGCAACAACAACAGCAACAGCAGCAGCAACAACAGCAACAGCAGCAGCAGCAACAGCAGCAACAGCAGCAAGAUCAACAGCAGCAACAGCAAGAGCAGCAACAGCAGCAACAGCAGCAAGCUCAACAGCAACAACAGCAACAAGAACAACAACAACAGCAGCAGCAACAAGAAGAAAAACAACAGCAAGAUCAACUGAAGCAGCAGUCGCCGCAAACGCAGCAACAGCAAAAGGUGGAGAAGACCGAGCAGGCAGAGAGUCAUGCUGAUGCUGUUGCCUCUGAUGUCGUCAGCAGGACCAUCAAGAGAGCGCAGGCCAAACUGGCGGAAGCUGCACCCAAGGAGCCGGAUUGCGCCAAAUCUGACAGCGUGAACGGGAAGCACGACAAGCCGAAGCCAAGGAGAAGUCGCAGUGCCAGAGCUCGCAAAAGCCUCUCUAGGCGGAGGAGGACUCCACGCAGAUCCCGGUCGCCUAUCCGGAGGCGCAGGCACAGAAGAGAGCGCACGCGAUCGGCCUCAAGGCGAUUGAGUCGCAGUGCAGACCGAGGCCGACAGCAGCCGCAAGGCUCUCCGAAGCGGGCAGGCAAAUCGGUUUCAAGAGAGAAGGAAGAGGUUAGCCAGAAGAAGGAGGCUGCACAGGAGGAGGAUCAGAAGAAGCAGCUUGGCAGAGAUUUUACUGUGAAGCUGGCCAUUCCCACCGCUUCUCCCGAGGGAGAUGUGAAUGUUGCCAAGCUGCCGGUUUUCAAAGCAAAGAAAACCGCUGGAAGGCUUGAUCAUGCUUUUGCCCGGCAGCACGCCUUUCCCGUGAAAUUCCGGGAGCUGCGGCAGAGGAUCCAGGAGGAUCUCUCCAAGCAGGAGUAUGCCUCCACGUUGGCCAGCCUACAGGAUGCUUACGAGCAGGAAAUUGUGAAGUGGGGCCGACGAAGACAGUGGCAGAAGGCCUUGGGCUUCCUCCAAGAGAUGAAAGACAUGGACUUUCAUCCGGGGGUACCAGUCUUUUCUGCCGCAAUCCGUGCCUGCGGCGAAAACGUCAAGCAGUGGCAAAGCGGUUUAGUGGUCCUGAAUGAGAUGAAGGAGCGCGAACUGCCUCCGGAUAUGGACGCAUUCUACUGGGCUCUGUCUGGCUGCGCCAAGGAUCGACAGUGGAAGCGUUCCAUGGAGGUGUUGCGAGAUAUGAUGAGAAGUCCUGUCCGUCUUCGCAAGCCCAUCUUGAUGGAGGCGCUCAAGGCAUGCAGGUACGGAGGUCUUUGGCAAGAUGCCAUUGACCUGAUUGAGAUCAUGGAAGAUGCUGGCAUCGAUCCGGCAACAGAGGGUUUCAACAGGGCAAUGGAUGCCUGCCUCAUGGCCAACGAGGAAGAUUGGUUUGACGUCGUGGUGGACAAAGCUGCAGCACGCGGCUAUGAAAUCAUCAUAUAG